GGGAAAACGUUUCCAACUCAAAAAAAAAAUAAAAUUCUCUCUCAAAAUGUCAAAAAUUUGUGUAGCUAAUGAAAACUUAGCUUUAAUAACAAGGCACCUCGAGGUUUUCACCGAAUCGGGACCCACAAACGAAUUUAUUGUCCAAAAUUCAAGAAACAUUCAAUCCACGACAAGAACAGAAGCCGAACUAAUUUCCACCCUGCAUAACUCGAUCCGUGGGAAUCAAUACUUUGGAAAUUUCUCAAUUAAUAUGAGCCCCCAGAAAUUAUCUCAUAAAUUCUUAUCUUGCCAAUAUUUUUUGUGUGGCUUCCUCCUUAUUAUGGAACUCUUAAUUAUCAUCGGGUACGGAACAACGGCUUUCCACGAGACGCAACAAUCUCUCCAGAUUCAGCGUGCAACGGAACGAAUUUCGACCAAUGUGACAUACGCGUUGACAAUUUUGUACUCCAUCGGCACCAGAAUUUACGGUCUUGUCCGCUGCAAGGAGACGCUGAAAUGUUGGGGUGACUUUUGCUUGAAGGUGGAUCAACUUAAGGAUGUCGGUCAAAUUUUAAGUUCUCUGCGAAUCCUAGCCGUCGAGAAAAAUGUGAGACGACAUGUUUAUCUCCUGUAUGGUGCAACGCUAGGAUUUGUGAUAUUGUUAACUACCGGCUUUACGACGGCAUAUUUUCCAUCAAAAGAGGAUAUUUUGUCAGGCAAACGCACCUGGUUCAAUUAUGCGAUCCAUUUCACCGUCACGGUCGUCUUCAGCUUGGCAUUUUGUGGAAAUCUGAUGUACAUUAGUUGGAUCGUAUCACCGACGAAAGUGAUUAACGGAAUUUUUCUCGAGUUAAAAGAUUCCCUCGAAAAUAUGGGGAUUCAAAAUUGUGAACAAAGGAUACAAGAUUGGGUGGAAAAUUAUAGAAAAGCCGUCCCAAUUUUGAAAACAUAUGAAAACCAUUUCGGUCCCGGUUUGAUUCUCGCGGUGGCCUAUACGGCGAUUCAAAUCACGUGCGAAACCUACUCCGUAAUUUGGUUGGUUGGAUUGAGAAGCUUCUUUCCGUCUGUAACCAGAAUGGCAAAAUUAGCCCUAAGUCUUAACGCGCUAUUUGAGCUGGCAAAUAAUGCUGGAAAAUUGGAAGGAAUUCAAACUUUGUUAUACCAUGAACUGUGCCGAAUUGAGACUUGGCUACCCGGUGGGGAUUAUGGGUAUAAGAGGCAGGAGGUGUCGGCUUUACUGAAACAGAUGGUCAUGGAACCACUUAAGAUUACGCCUGGUGGAUUUUUCACCUUAAGCAGGACUUUGAUAACCUCGAUUAUAUCAGCCAGCUCGACAUUCGUCAUUGUACUCCUACAGUUUCGUGGUGCAGAAUAAACCUCAACGUUUGCAGUGAUGAAGACACAUGAAU